AUGGGAAUCAAUAACCGACGAUCAAUGGGUACUGAAAACUUUACAAGAGGGUUUGAAAUUAGAAUUUCAAGAAACUCCUCACUUGACAGGUAUAAAACACACUUCUGUCAAUGCGAGGAAUCUACCUAUUAUUUUAGCAGAGGUAGAAGAUUUAAUACAAAAAAAUGCAAUAGAGAUUGUACCUCAAACAGAGAUACAUCAAGGUUUUUACAGUACACUUUUUCUGGUUCCAAAGAAAACAGGCGAUUUAAGACCUGUGAUAAACUUAAAACCUCUCAACCAGUAUCUGAGGAAGCAACAUUUCAAAAUGGACACUUUAACAAAAGUUUUGAAUCUAGUAAAACCCCAAGACUGGGCGUUGUCUCUCGAUCUGAAAGAUGCAUAUCUCCAUAUUCCAGUUCACAAAACACACAGAAAGUUUCUACGUUUUUGCAUACAAGGCAAAUGUUACCAAUUUGUAGCUCUGUGUUUCGGUCCUUCUCAAGCACCUCGAGUGUUCACAAAAAUAGUUACGGUAGUAGCAGCUCAUCUGAGAAUUCAAAACAUACGCCUAGCAACUUAUUUGGACGAUUGGUUGCUAGUGAAUGCUCAAGAGAAAAUGCUAAUUUCAGACAGAGAGAUAACACUCAAUCUUCUGAUAAAACUGGGAUUUAUAGUAAAUCUUCAAAAAUCUUCUCUUAUCCCAUCACAAGAGAUCACUUACAUAGGGGCAUUAUUCAAUUUCAGGAAGGAGAUAGUUUCUCCAACUAUGGAAAGAAUUUUAAAAUUAGAAAUGUUAGUGAUAAGCUUAAUGAAGGGACACAAUACCGCAAGAGAUUAUCUAAUGUUGUUGGGUUUGAUAGCGUCUUGCAUAGAAUUGAUCCCCAAUGCACGCCUUUAUAUGAGGCCUAUCCAAUUACAUCUACUUCAUUUCUGGAAACCAUCUACCAGAGAUCUUUCUUAUCGAAUUCCAUUUACUCAACACCUAAAAGAUCAUUUGAAUUGGUGGUUGGACAGAGCAAACACUACCAAGGGCAAAUCAUUACACCAGUGGUCGGCAACCCUCACAAUAACAACAGAUGCUUCAAAGACAGGGUUUGGGGGUCACAUGAACAAUCAGAUUUUUCAAGGUUUUUGGUCUGUUCAAGAACAGAAACAACACAUAAAUCUCUUGGAAUUGGAAGCUGUAAUUCGAACAGUACAACAUUUCCUACCACAAUUACAAAAUCAAAAUGUGCUACUCAAAUGCGACAACACAACAGUCGUUCAAUAUGUAAACAAACAGGGGGGCACCAAGUCCAUACACCUUUGUUACAAGACAUGGUGUCUAAUGAGAAUGGCUAUUCAGAACAAUCUGACAUUCAGAGCAGCUCACAUAGCGGGGAAAUUAAACGUUCUUGCAGAUCAUCUGUCUCGAAACAAAAUACAACCCACAGAGUGGACACUGAACAAUCAGAUAGUUCAAUCAGUGUUUGCAAUGUGGGGAGAACCAACAAUAGAUUUGUUUGCCUCAGUACACAAUCACAAGAGACCAGUGUUUUGUGCUUGGAUACCUCAUCCCAGUGCUCUAGCAGUAGACGCUCUGUCGAUAUCAUGGGAAAAAAUGUGGGCAUAUGCAUUUCCACCAAUAUGUCUAAUUCCAAAAGUACUAAAACACAUGAGUCAAUUCAAUUGUCGACUAAUUCUGAUAGCUUCAAUGUGGCCAAGAAGACAUUGGUACACAGAGCUUCUUCAAAAAUCAGUAGCAAGUCCAAUAAAACUACCAAUAAGGCAAAAUCUUCUGUAUCAACCAAAAACAAACAUUUACCAUCCAAAUCCCGAAGUGUUCACGCUAACAGCCUGGCUGCUCUCCACAAAAAUUUCAGAAAUAAGGGAUUUUCAAGAGAAACUAGAAAGCUUCUCAGAGCAUCAUGGAGAUCUGGCACACAGCAAGACUAUGCUUGUAAAUUCAAAAGAUUUCAUAGUUGGUGUAAGGAACGGGAAAAAGAUCCCUAUGCAGCUACUUUAGCAGAAUGUGCAGAUUUUUUAUCUCAUUUGUACACUUCAGGUUUACAAUACCGUACUAUAGCAGGUUAUAGGUCAAUGUUAUCGUCUUUGCUAUCUCCAAUAGAUAAUGUUCCAAUUGGGCAACAUCCCUAUAUUAUUAGACUACUUAGAGGGGUUUUCAAUUCUAGACCGCCUAAAGUAAAUUUAGUCCCAGAAUGGGAUUUACAAAAAGUGUUGGACAUGUUGCAAAAGUCUCCUUUUGAACCUUUAUUGAAAGCUGAUAUUAAAUGCUUAACUUAUAAAGUGGUUUUUCUUACAGCAAUCACAACGUUCAGGAGGUGCUCAGACUUACAAGCACUGAGGAUAUCAUAG